UCAAGUGAUAAAAUUCUGCUGAACUUGCUUCAUAGAUCAAAAGAGAAAAAGUCCAAAAAAAUGCACAUAAGCUCUUUCCUUCAAUAAUCCAUAUUUUAGCUAAAUUGUGAUUAAAGUGAGAUUAGGAGCUGCAUAUAUAAAGUUAAUUCCUAACAGAAUUGAGGACGCUAAUCACAAUUCCAAAAACUUCUGCAUAUUCACAUUUCACUGCAUAACAGAAAACAUUCUCUCAUUCUCCCAUUUUUUGCAAAAAAAUUUCAAUAACAUUCUGCAUCAAUGGAAGAAUUUCCAUGAAUCUUUGUAAUAAUUCCUUGUAUAUUCAUCAUUAUUAGGCAUUGUGAAGCUUCUGUUUGCAGAAAAAGUUCAAGAACCGCUCGCGAAUCGCAUCGGUGGAAUCAAUCCGCAACUUCCAUAACAGUCCAAGAAUUGGUAGGAUUAAGAGAUUUUGGAGCUUCAAGAACAACUCCACGCACCUUCUACAGCGAUUUGCCAUAUCUGUUUCAUGCGAAAUUGAAGCUCAACCGCGAACUCCAUUGCCGUCAUCAAGAAAAGGUACCUUUAGUUGCUCAAUUCCUUGCGAACUUUUGCUUUGCGUUGCUUAAGCAACUUGCAUUGAGGGACACUUUUGAUCGAGAUUCUGGUUGAGAGAUUUUCUGCUCCAAUAUGAGGACCGGUUUGAAGAACAACAUUGCUUACAGUUUCUUUGAUCCAGAGAUUGGUGUGCUCAAGGAUAUGAUAGCAUUGAUUACUCCUGACCAUGUGGGAAUGUUUAGAGAGUCGUACGGCGGUAUUCUGAAGAUGGUUUUCAGACUCACUGACUGCGACAGGAGCGCCAUCCACACUCUUCUUCAGUUCUAUGACCCUGGGUUGAGGUGUUUCGUUUUUCCAGACUAUCUGUUGGGACCUCUGAUGGAGGAUUAUGUCAGCAUCCUGGGUAUUCAGAUCCGUGAUCAGAUUCCUUUUCAUGUCACCAGAGCAGAGCCAGAUGUCCUUGGAAUUUCACGUGCUCUUUAUUUGAGUCCGGAAAUGGUCAAGGAAGGUUUGAAGGAAAAAGGAAAGCUACCCGGGUUUCAUUUGAGUUUCUUGGAGGCCAAUGCCAAGGAACAUGCUGCUGUGGGUAACUGGAAGACGGUCUGUGCUCUGAUUGCUGUGAGCAUUUAUGGGAUUGUGUUGUUUCCUAACCAGAAGAAUUUUGUGGACCAUAAUGCUAUCAGAUUGUUUAUGCAGAGAAACCUUAUUCCUACCCUGAUUGGAGAUGUCUACUAUUCAGUGCAUAACAGGAAUGAGAAGAGGCGUGGGGGUCUGGUCAGAUGCUGCUCUCAGUUGCUCUUUAGAUGGUUCAUGGGGUAUUUGCCUUCCCGAGGUGCUUUUGUUCAGAUUGACCCUAGUGUCAAGUGGUCCUUCCGAUUGAUGGGUCUGCGGGCUGAUGACAUUGCUUGGACUCAUAAUGGUUUAGCUGGUCAGGACUUCAUAUGUAGUUGUGGGAGUUUACCUAAUGUGCCUUUGGUGGGAGUUCAGGGUUGCAUUAAUUACAACCCGAUGCUUCUCCGGAGACAGAUGGGGUUUGCUAUAGAGGGUCCUCCUCUCGGGCGAGAGAUUCAGGAGUCCUUCUAUUUCCCGAUUGAUGGUAACCAGACCAAGUUGAGGCAGGUAUUGGACGAAUGGCGAGAUAUCCAGAGGAGGGGUAAGGUUCCUUAUGGCAAAGUCAACUGCCGGUAUUUUCCACUAUUUGAGGAUUGGUUGCGGAAGAGGAUUGAGUCUACAUUUCUACCGUUUCCUGGAGGUGACUCUGUGUGUCCUAGGAUCGAGGGUCCAAGUUCUUCUGUCAGCAUGGAAGAAUUCCUUGAGAUGAAGAGGGCUAGAGAUCAGUUACUUGCGGAGAAAGCGGAGUUAGAGAUGACUGUUGCUCGGAUUCAGACAUCCAACCAAGAGAUGAAAGUAAAGAUGGAAGAUCAGGACAAGCGGCAUGCCUUGGAGGCCAAACGCUUCGAGAUGGAUACAACCUACUAUGGGAAGAUCAGCCAGGCCUUAGCAUCAUCUAACAAGGAGCAUGACAUCACCAAGGAGAAGCUGUUCAGAGCAUCGAAGGUGAUUGAGGAUGAGAAGAGGAGGCAAAUCCUUGUCAAGGAACAGAGAGAUGAGAGAGCCAGAGUUCUUGCUGCAGAGUGGGAAGCGGAGAAGGCAAAGAUCAGGGCUGAGAGAGAUCAUUACCUAGCUGAGAGAGACCAUUACUUCAGGCAGAUGAAGAUUCAUCAGAAGGAAGUUGGAAGACUACAGCAGGAGAACACCGAGCUCAGGUUCGCCGCAGAGUUCGCGAGGAUGGAAGAUGAGAUAGGGCCACCUGCGGGACCCUCAUCUAGCUAGAUCUUUCAUUUGUGUUGGAUUACCGUCAGGCUUGUUGACGGAAUUCACUUGUUUGUAUUUCUUUUCCUGAUUCUGGAGGAUUGUAUUUGACUUUAUCUGAGUUGAUGUAUGACUAUGGCACUGAUAGUGCACUCUUUUGGUUAUGGAUGGUGAUUUUCAGUCA